AUGUCUCCUUUUCUUGUCUCUCGCCAACUAAAUGUUUCUCUCAAUAUUCCGGAUCAGUUUCCUACACCUUUGGUUUCAAACACAAUAAGUUCUCUCCCUAUCCCUGGUGAUCCGUAUGAUCCUGCCACUCAUGGUUUGCAUAAUGUCUUCCAAUCAUCUUCAAAUCUCUCUAAUGCCUUUCCUAAUAUGCCUAAUGCCUUACCUAAAAAUGUCUCACAAUUUGCCCAUGCCUCUUCUGCGCCUCUACACUGCUCAUCUUUUAGCAUUCCUAUCUCGUGUGCAUCCAACCCUCUGAAAUCUGUGAUGACACCUGUGCCCUUAAAUGAUACACCAGCAUCCGUCCCCAUUGUGUCGGUUCCCUUUACUGACUUUUCCCGAAAAGGGAAAGCAAAAAUUGUUGUUUCAGGUACCGAGAAAAGGAAGCGUGCCUCUCUUGAUGACAUCGAUCCGCUUUCCCCAAAACUUCAACGAAAAAAUUCCCUUCUUCCGCCGAGAAUUACACGGUCACAGGCAAAGACUGGGGUCACCUCUGUUUCUCUCUCGGUCGCUAAUGCUAAGACUGCUCCAUCAAGCUCUUGGCCAAAGCUCAAGAAAAAUUACAGUCCUAUCUUGCUGGAUGCUACCCUUAAAGCUGACUGGGACGUUCAUUCCAAAAGAGAUUUGAUCGUUGAAAAAUUUAUUAAUGAAGAAGACCUUUUCCCAAAGUGCAAUAUUCUUCAGCUCUUGAAAGAUCAAUUUUUAUUCUCCAGCCUUUCAAAACCUGGGUCGUAUUCUGCAUGGCUAACAGCGGAGUUCUACACCAACCUGACAGUGGAUACUUUCACAAUUGGUUCAUCUAGGCUUCAUAGAAUUUUUAUCCGGAACCGAUGGUAUACUUUUGGCCCUGCAGAGAUCAAUGCCUACCUCGAUCGCCCUUCUCAGGUUCAGUCUGCCGAUCCGAAUUUAAAUCUUCUUACUGCAGUUCUAACUCAUAACAAACAGAUUACCUGGCCUGAUUCCGGUCUGAGGUCUCAAGAAUUAACCACUGUUUAUUCAGUAUUGCUCUGCCUUGCUUCCGCCAAUUGGCUCCCUGUCGUACGAGUUCAUCUAAUUUCUGAACCUUUGGCCCUGCUUCUCUACAAGAUUCGCAACCGUCUCACAUUUGAUCUCGGGGAAAUUAUAUUCUCCCAUAUUUUGGCUUAUCAUUCGAAGAAGAAAGAAGCAAAGAUUCACCUUCCAUAUCAUUGUCUCAUUUAUGGAGUACUCAUUGCUCAAGGGUUUCGGCCAUAA